AUGGCUCCCGUAAACACCAUCCUGGCUCGGCUCAAGAGUCUGUACAGCAAACACCAAGAUGAGCCCUCAUUAUCAGUCAAUACAGUCGCAAUUUGUUCCGUCGCCUUCACAUUACUCUACGUCGUGCCGCUAUAUCUCUCUCCGACCACGCGGCCAUCGCCCAGUCUCAGCCGCGAUGCGCCCUCCGUCAUCCGCGCGCGCAUUCGCGCUGUCACACUCUCUUGUGUCGUCUGCUCACUCGUUGUGCUAUGGCUGAUUGUGGAGAAAGGUGGUUCCUCCCCCGGUGCUGCGUUGAGUCUAAUGGGCUGGUGGCCAAUCAAUUUGGGUGAUAUUCUGCGCAGCUUGCUGUUGACCGCUGUCUUGUUUCUCGGUCCGCUCUAUGAGCGUGGAAUCGCGGAAGGCGAAUGGCGCUCGUGGUUUAGUCGCACCUCGUGGUCCCAGUCACUGAGUGGCUGGAUCGGGUGGAGGAAUUUCGUCGCGGGGCCCAUCACCGAAGAAGUCAUGUUCCGCUCCGCAUUGGUUCCGCUCCACGUACUCGCGCGUAUAUCGCCGGGGCGCAUCGUCUUCCUUUCGCCGCUGUACUUUGGCAUUGCCCACGUUCAUCAUUUCUAUGAGUUCCGACUCACUCAUCCCGAUACACCUGGACUCGCUGCACUGCUUCGAUCCUUGUUUCAGUUUGGCUACACGACCGUCUUUGGCUGGUAUGCCACAUUUGUGUAUCUUCGUACCGGCUCUCUGGUGGCUGUCAUCCUCGCUCACAGUUUCUGCAAUUGGUGCGGACUUCCUCGCCUCUGGGGUCGCGUGGAGGCUGGAGAACCCCUAGGGCCGCCAUUGCGUGGAAAGGAGGAUGAAGAUGGGAAUGGCCACGGUGUCACCGUUGGAGAUGGCCAAUUAAGUAUUGGGUGGACGGUGGCAUACUAUGCGCUUCUGGUGAUUGGUGCAUUGGCCUUUGCCUGGUUGCUGUGGCCAUUGACAGAGUCAUAUAAUGCCCUGAUGACAUUUGAUAAGAACACGAAAGGUGGUCAGAGUAUCAGAGGCCCUAAAUGA